GUGUUGACAUUGUUUACUUUAUAAAUCUUGGAAUUUGAAAGAUUGAUUACUAGUCCAAUACUCUACAUUCCUAAAGAUACAUAGGAUUCUUUACUUCUUACAUUCUAACUGAACAUCAAGUCUUCGGAGCUUGAAAGAAGUUACUCACGAACGAGGCUUGUUUCCUGUUUUAUACACCUUAUAUCCAUAUAUACACAUACAACAUGGUUUCUACCAAUAGAAUGGCCGGUACUUCUGUAGAUCCAGAACAAGAAGAGAGAAUCUUCUUAGAAGAAGUUGCUGCUGUUAAGCAAUGGUGGGCAGAUGAGAGAUGGAGAUAUACCAAGAGAGCUUUUACUGCUGAGCAGAUUGUGGCAAAGAGGGGAAAUUUAAAGAUUGAAUACCCAAGUAAUGCACAAUCGAAAAAGCUUUGGAAGAUCUUGGAGGGAAGAUUCAAGAACAAAGAUGCUUCUUAUACAUAUGGUUGCUUGGAACCUACCAUGUUGACUCAAAUGGCAAAGUUUCUGGAUACAGUCUAUGUUUCUGGAUGGCAAUCAUCAUCCACUGCAUCUGCUUCCGAUGAACCUGGUCCAGAUCUCGCAGAUUAUCCAUAUACUACAGUACCCAACAAAGUAUCACAUCUCUUCAUGGCCCAACUCUUCCAUGACCGUAAACAACGUGAAGAACGAGUAAUGACUGCCUCGAAAGCCGAUCGAGCCAAGCUCCAAAACGUCGAUUAUCUUCGUCCCAUCAUCGCAGAUGCUGAUACUGGUCAUGGUGGUCUCACCGCCGUUAUGAAAUUAACAAAAUUGUUCAUAGAGAAGGGAGCUGCGGGUAUUCACAUUGAGGAUCAAGCUCCUGGUACCAAGAAAUGUGGACAUAUGGCUGGAAAGGUCCUCGUUCCUAUCAGUGAACAUAUCAAUCGUUUGGUUGCUAUCCGUGCUCAGGCUGAUAUUAUGGGCUCUGAUCUCCUCGCUAUUGCCCGUACAGACGCCGAAGCUGCUACUUUAAUUACCACAACCAUCGAUCCCCGAGAUCACGCUUACAUUCUCGGCUCCACAAACCCCAAUCUCCAACCCCUUAACGAUCUAAUGAUAGCUGGUGAGCGUGCCGGAAAAACUGGUGCAGAACUCCAAGCCAUUGAAGAUACAUGGACUGCUCAAGCCGAUCUCAAACUCUUCAAUGACGCCGUCAUCGCCACCAUAAAAGCCAACCCCAACACCAAAUCCGACGAUCUCGUUUCCCGCUUCCUCACCGAAGUCAAGGGCAAAAGCAAUUCUGAAGCUAGAGCCCUUGCCAAAACCAUCACCGGCAUCGACAUCCACUGGGAUUGGGACGCUCCUCGUACACGAGAAGGCUACUAUCGACUCCAAGGCGGAUGCGGGUGUGCCAUAAAUCGCGCUAUCGCGUAUGCCCCCUACGCCGACGCCAUCUGGAUGGAAUCCAAACUCCCAGACUACAAACAAGCCGAGGAAUUCGCGUCGGGCGUGCACGCCGUGUAUCCCGACCAGAAACUCGCAUACAAUCUCUCUCCGUCCUUUAAUUGGAAAUCGGCCAUGCCCAGAGCAGAACAGGAAACAUACAUUCAGCGACUUUCCAAACUAGGAUAUUGUUGGCAAUUCAUCACACUAGCCGGUUUACACACCACGGCGUUGAUUAGUCAUCGCUUUGCCGAGGCGUAUAGUAAACAGGGCAUGCGCGCCUAUGGGGAGUUGGUGCAAGAACCGGAAAUGGAUCUGGGUGUGGAUGUGGUGAAGCAUCAGAAAUGGUCCGGAGCGAAUUAUGCAGAUGAGUUGUUGAAGAUGGUGACUGGCGGAGUGAGUAGUACGAGCGCGAUGGGGAAGGGAGUCACGGAGGAUCAGUUUCAUUAGGGGAGGAGAGGAGAGGAGAGGAGAGAAGAAAAGAGGAGCAAAGUGAAGUGAAGUAGGCUUUCUUUUUCUUUUUAUGGAAUAGGAUAGGCUAGGAUUGUGAUUGAAUAGUCAUUUAUAUAGGUUUCAUAGGAUAGGAUAGGAUACGAUACGAUGGAUCAUUCGUUGUCGGAAAAUAAUGCAGAUUUGAUAACCUACCUAGGUAUAUUUGAUACAUUUGAUCCCCC